UUGCGAAAAAAAGAGAAGUGCUGACCAAUAGUACAACAAAAUAAAACAAAACAUAAAAAGGGUCAUUUUUAAUAGUAAAUGGGCUUACCAACUCUAGACUCUUUCUUCAACCAGAGUUCACUUGUGUUACCUAAACAACUGCAGCUUGUUAAUUUUCCUAGAUUACUAAUACCAAGUUUAACGACCCAAAGAAAACAAGUUGUCAAAGCGCUUGCCACCCCAGCAGAAUCAGUAAAAAUGGUCAAAGCUAUAAGGGUUCAUGAGCUUGGCGGACCUGAGGUGCUGAAGUGGGAGGAUGUGGAGAUAGGAGAGCCAGGUGAGGGUGAGAUACGUGUGAAAAACAAAGCUAUUGGGCUUAACUUCAUUGAUGUUUACUUCAGAAAAGGAGUUUAUACUACCCCAACUCCCUUUACUCCAGGUGUGGAGGCUGUUGGAGAGGUCAUAGCUGUAGGCCCGGGAAUAACUGGUAGAAGAGUUGGAGAUAUUGUAGCCUAUGCUGGCUAUCCUAUCGGUUCCUAUGCUGAAGAGCAGAUCCUUCCUGCCAACAGGGUUGUGCCUGUUCCUUCCUCCAUUGGUCCUGUUCUUGCAGCUUCUGUUAUGACUAAGGGCAUGACGGCUCAGUUCCUACUCCGCCAUUGCUUCAAGGUAGUUGAACAGGGGCAUACCAUCCUUGUUCAUGCAGCGGCCGGUGGAGUUGGGUCUCUGUUAUGCCAGUGGGCAAAUGCCCUUGGUGCCACUGUCAUUGGAACUGUCUCAACAAAGGAGAAAGAAGCACAAGCCAAGGAUGAUGGAUGCCGCCAUGUAAUAAACUAUAAAGAAGAAGAUUUUGUUGCCCGUGUCAAGGAGAUCACAUCAGGCAGUGGAGUGAAUGUUGUCUAUGAUUCUGUGGGAAAAGACACCUUGCAGGGAUCAUUGGCAUGCUUGAAGACUCGUGGCUACAUGGUGUGUUUCGGGCAAUCAUCAGGUGUGCCUGAUCCAAUUCCAUUAUCAGCGCUUGCGCCAAAAUCACUGUUCUUGACAAGGCCUUCCCUCAUGCAAUACACUGAAAGUCGAGAUCAACUGCUUGAAUCUGCUGGAGAAGUAUUUGCUAGCAUUGCAUCAGGUGUCUUACGAGUUCGAGUAAACCACACUUACCCUCUGUCUCAGGCAGCACAAGCUCAUGCAGACCUGGAGAGUCGAAAAACAUCUGGAUCAGUUGUCUUGAUACCGUGAUUCAAAUGGUUAGGCACCGGCCCGUUGAACUCGUGUAAGGAAAGCUAUCGUCGGUUGGUUUGCAAGUUGGACAUAUGGGUGCGUGGAGAUUAAAAUGUUUAUUUUUCAUUUUGGACUACAUGUAAUCACAGUUGGAAUAAAAUGGAUUAUCAUCUUAGAUC